GCAUAUUUCCUUAAAAGUAUACAGUUUUCUAAUAGGAACGCAACAGAACGUAUUCAAGAACUUAAAAAUGCAGCAACGAGUAGUCAAAAUUUUGUGUCUUAUCUUUGCAGUCUCUUUUUUCUUUCUACAAGUUUAUGGAAAGUGUAACGAAUGUCAACAAAAUGACAUAGCCUGUAUUGAUGAAACCCAAUUUCACAUAUGUGCCGGUGGUCAAAUAGAUAAUAAGUAUACAUUUAAAUGUCCUGAGAAUACAAUUUGUACAGAUUAUAGAGCGAAGUGCAUGCCAGCUGAUAGCGGUAUAACUCCAUCAUGCACGCCUGAUGCUGGUUGCGGUAUAUGUUCUCCUCCAAGUAUGUUUACCUGCUUAAGCCGUACACAAUUCGCACAAUGCAAUGGAGCAGAAAUAACCACUAAUGUUGGAGUUUGUCCUGAUGGCUUCACGUGUGACACUGCCACAAGCGCAAUUUGUGUUAACGAUUGUAACAAUCUAACGAAUUUAUCAUGUGAUCGGGACCCAAUAACGCUCUGAAAUUAUCGAUAGAGCUUAUUAUUCCAGAAUCAAUUUAGUUAAGUUGCACUGCUUACAAAAGUGAUUUGUUUUUAUUAAAUAAAAUAUUUAGGGAAUAUAUGAUUUAGUUGGGCUAAUCUGCAGUUUCCAUAUAAAAGUAUACAUAGUUUAUAAAAAAUAUAUUAAUAUAUAUGU